GUGCGUAUCGAUCUCGAUAUGUGUUUGUUGGAGCAGACGACAUCACGCACAAACCAUCUGCUCACAUCUGAUGGCGGGAAAAUUUACUCUCGUCCAAUAAAGACUUUCCUACCUCAACCACCGCGCAGACGACAGUGACCAUGGAUUAGACAAAGGCGGGAAUUCUUCUAGUGUUACUUUUUUUUCUCGAGAAUCUUCCACUUAUAAUAUUCUUAACCCAGACGGUCGUGUUCUCAAUUCAUGACUGACCAAGCAUUGGGUAUUAACGAAGUCAUUUCCGCAGACAUCGAUUCCAUUCUAAAUGCAUGUUUCAGCUUCGGAGAUCGAAUGCAACGAAUCCUCAGCAAGAAACUGGUAGAUCUUCACUUAAUUCUUCUCGGCUGCUCUUUGUGGGUGACCAAUCUUUAUCAAAGGAAGCUAAUUAAGGAAGAAGAUAGUGUUAUUGCGGGAUAAGAGACAAGUUUGCGUCAUUGUUGUUCGCACAUUUAAAUGGGUGGUGGAGAUGCAAGGCAAUAGUAAUUGCCCUAGUUGGUUUUUGAAAUCUUCAUUCGCCGACUGAUCUUCGCGUAGACUUGUGACUCUCUAAGCAAAUGAACUUUAAAGUAUAAUAGUUGGAUAUCUCGAAGCUGUUCCUAUAUGGUUAAAAACUGUUUGACUCGAUUAACCAUUUUUUCUUAGGAAUGGUUGGACAGAAAUCGGUCGCAUUGUUGUCUCUUCUUGUUCUGCUGAUGCUGGUCUCGGGGGAGGAGGAGCUAAUCCGGGUUAAACGUCUUCACAAUGACGAUCCAGCACUCAGCAGCAAAGUCAUCAUUCAACCUCCAGCCGGAGACCAAAAUAAAGUACAACCUGAUAAAGGACAAACCCUCCCCAUCUCAGUAGCCCUUGCCGAUGAUGAGCCGUUUCCAAAAAUAUCGCUCGACACGAAAGGCGGUUCAACGACGACACGAAAUCCUUUGAAACCCCUAUCGUCGAACACGGCUGUUGGACGGAUAAAGAAGAGGAUCAAGAGGAUGGCAGAGGAAGCAAGCCUUCUCAAACGGGGCAUCACCCAUCUCCUUGGAAGAGAUGCUGAGACGGUGAUUGAUGGGGAAAGGUUGAAGCGUGAGAAGAGGCCGGUGAUGAACGGUCAUCACACGAGGUGAUUGGAGAUAGUACUUAGAAGUGAUAAUAUUUGCAAGCAUUUCCAAACAAUUUAAUUGAUGACGUGUCAUGAUCCGGUAAGAAAUACGUGAAGAAGAACAAUGUAAACAGUGUGUGGGACCAUCAUCAUGGGGAGGAGAAGCAAAUAAGCUAUAAUAAGCU